GAAAGGAUGACGCCUCACUGAAAGGCAACACGUCUGUGUCUAAGCUAUUAUGGCGGCGUCCAAUGGCACAGGAGAUGUUUCAUUCAUUUAUCAGCAAAUCUUCAAGGUAGACUUGGAUGCUGGGCCCAGUACAAAAAUUUCAGUGAUUUUGUUCGUAUCCGUGUUCUUCUUUUUUGUAAACUGUGUGAUGCUCUUUGCUCUAGGAAGCAAGCGUGUGUUCCAUGAGACGCCGCGCUAUAUACUUUUUGGCCACAUGCUUUUGAAUGACUCUGUGCUUUUGCUGCUCACAACUACCAUGUACACAAUGGGAUCAUUUUACCUUCAAGUAACUAGAAUCGUCUGCACUCUGUUAGUGUUUAUCUCCUACUGCUCUUUCCGUAACGCUCCUCUGACUCUCGCACUGAUGUCUCUGGAGCGGUACGUGGCGAUCUGCUUCCCUCUGAGACACUGCAACAUCGCCACACCAAAAAGGACUGGAAUCGCCAUAGGAAUCAUCUGGUUCCUUAGUUCUAUAAAUAUUAUAACAGACAUUAUUUUUGUUUUAAUUGUCAGUCCCAGUUUAUUUCUAGAUGUUUUAUUUUGCACACAAGAGAAAUUGUUUCUAUUCAAAUGGCAGCUGGAUAAAACUCAAGGGUUUGAUGUUCUUUAUUUUGUGUCUGUUGCAGUGAUCAUCAUUUUCACAUACAUUAGCAUUAUGAUCACUGCUCGGUCUGUUUCCUCUGAUAAAGAUUCAGCUAAAAAAGCCCUCAGAACGGUGCUGUUGCACUUGAUUCAGCUGGGACUGUGUCUCACCUCUUUCCUCUAUGCCACGAUAAACAAAGCACUGAACACGGUGACUGACAGCCCUUCUCUCUUCAUAAAUCUCAGAUAUAUAAAUUUUCUUAUUGUUCUUAUGCUGCCUCGUUGCCUGAGUCCUCUGAUCUAUGGGAUGAGAGAUGAAGCAGUGUGGCCCUUGUUCAAAUAUUAUUUCUGCUAUCGUUCAGGAAAAGUUAGGCCCUCUGUUAAUGUACAUUAAUUGUAUGUUACAAAAGAUAAUUUGAAAAAAAGUUAACGUGCAAUAAUAAUUUCAGCUUUCAAGUAAAUGUUUAAUUAUGAUAAAUGCCAUAUUUAAAAAUGUUUGUCUGAGAAGGUCAAGGAAACCAUAUACUUUUACAUUAAAUUACAAAAAAAAUUCUAUUCUAAUAUAGAAGAUGAUUUUAAGUGGAAUUUACAUCUUACUGCUUAAACAAAGCAUUCUCUGUCAAUUGUUAUCAAGCUCUUAAAAGAAUCUUUCGUCAUAUAUGCAGACAGCUUGUAUUAUGCACAUACACUUUGGACUGUUCAAUGUGUGUGAAAUAAAGCAAUGUAUUAAAUUAUUAACAGUAUAUUGUAGUU